UCGAUACUUGUUUUACGUUAGAGAAAACAUGAGCAAUUUAUACCACCGAGGCCGAAACCGUUUCGAGGAAAGAUCUUACAGUUCAGGCAAUUUGCCCAUCACGGAGAGAUCUGUUACAAAUAACAAAUCUCAAAGUUUUCCUGAUUUGGCAGAUUCAGCGUCACUAACAGCAGAAAAGAUAGGCCAGAGCAACAAACCUAGCAUUCCUUACUUUAACUAUUAUGACUUCAAUAGUUUACCGUCAUCGUCCACCUCAACUGCAGCGCCAAUGCUGUCCUCUGUUGCUCCGACAGAGUAUGGCGAAUAUCGAGUAACACCACCAACAUUAAAAACGAAGGCGGCGAUAGGUUUCUUAGACGAUUUCACCCCACAAAAGGGACAAAAACUUCUAAAAAACUCUAAUAUGUUCGAUGGGACGUGCAGUCUUUGGCCUGACUCAUCGCUGGAACGCUUGCCUCCCGAGCAAGGACGCAUGCAGAUGCUAAAGUCUGUUUACUUUUCCCGAAAUAAUUAUGAUUUGGAUAAAGAAAAUGCUCACUUCAAGUUUGCCGAGGCUUUGAUAUCAACCUUCGAAUUAUUAAAAUGGAAAAAAUGUGUGAACUGCUCUUCUAAGGACUCUCUGUAUUCUACAAACUGGGAUUCGAAUCUUGACAACAGUUCAACAGUGUACAAACAUUCAGACGAAGAUAUUGUUGCUGAAGAAAACUUUGAUGCUGUCGAAGCAAGAGAAAAUGAAUGUGAUAUAAAGACAUACUCUGCCGAAGAAAUUGCAAUGGGCCUUCUUAAUAAGUUUCAAGACAAACAAUUGCCAUUUGCAUGCGAUUUCAUGUGGAUGGUUUGCGAAAAAGAUGUACCUCAAAACAAUCUUCCGAUGCCAAGCGGGAAUAUAAUCGAUCCGGAUGAAAUGCACAUACUAGACGUAGGAACCUUAUUCAGAGGAACCCAUGAAUGGGCACCUCCUCGGCCACAAGUCAUAUUUACCUAUAAGCCUCCUUCAUUAGAUCGCCGUGCACAAAUGAAAAUGCAAGGAAACCGUUGCGAAGGAUGCGGUAUUAAAGUAAACCAAGCGUAUAUUAACAGGUACAGGUAUUGCCAUUACACUGGAAAGUACAACUGCUCCAGUUGUCACAAGAAUCAGAUGGCAAUAAUUCCAGCUCGAGUUAUUCAAAGGUGGGAUUUCACGAUUCUUCCAGUAAGUGUAUUUGCUUAUCGGAUUCUUUGCGAUAUUUGGAACACUCCGCUGUAUCGUGUCAAUCAUCUGUGCCCAGAGUUGUACAACAAUGUCAAACAUCUUAGAAGUGCUCGCCAAAUUCGAGUAAAUUUAAAAUAUGUUAAAGAUUUCAUAAUGAUUUGUCGCCAUGCAGAAAGCAUCCAUUCUGUUUUCCAAGAAGUGCCUGACUAUUUUACAUCCGAUGUUGACAUGUAUGGCAUGGCAGAUUUUUUGGCUGUAAAAAAUGCUCUGUAUGGCACGCGGAUUUGUUUGUGAAAAGUGUAUUGAUAAAAGUGCAGAGGAUGUCGGAUUGAGCAGUAAGAACAUACUACUACCUUGGCAAUCGAACGUUUAUCGUUGCGAUAAGUGUGGUACAUGUUAUCACAAAACAUGUUGGAAGAAAGAACAGAAUUGUAAAAAA